AUGUCGGACAUGCAGCUCGUACUGGCCGCCAAGGCCAACCAGGCCCCUCUUCUUCCCGUUCUUCUCGUCGCAACCUCCAUCAACGAGGCCCGUCCGAGCCCCGUCAUCUCCAUCAUCUACGAGGAUGCCGCCGUUCUCUCCCAGGGUGACAAGGCCACCGUCCAGUUCACUGGCGUGAGCGGAAAGCCUGUCUAUGGAACCGCCAAUGCAAUCCAGGAGCUUCAGGCCAAUUUCCCGUUCCUCAAGGCCAAGGACAGCCAAUUGGAGACCGAGUGGCUUGCUCAGGUUGAGUCCUUCACCACCCUGGACUUUAAAACUCUUGAGCCUCAGCUCCAGCGCCUUAACGCCCACCUUAUGCUGCGAUCUUUUGUCGUGGGUUAUGCGCUCUCCACCGCCGAUAUUGCCCUCUGGGGUGCCAUCCGUGGAAACCGUGUCGCCGUGUCUCCGGCCCGGAAGGGAACCCUCGUCAACCUCACUCGUUGGUUCAACUUUCUGGAGACCCUUUGCCCCUGGGCCACUACUGCCUUGGAGACCUUGAAUGCUGCCGCCAAGGAGAAGAAGGAAAAGAAGGGCAAGGAGAGUACCGGUACCGCAAACUACAACAUUGACCUCCUCAACACCGACAAGGGUGUCGUGACUCGUUUCCCCCCUGAGCCGUCGGGCUAUCUUCACAUCGGACAUGCCAAGGCUGCCCUUCUCAAUGACUACUUUGCCCAUGAGAAAUACAACGGCACUCUACUGGUGCGCUUUGACGACACCAACCCUACCAAGGAGAAGCAGGAAUUCGAGGAUGCUAUUGUUGAGGAUCUGGCCCUUAUGGGCAUCAAGCCGGACCGCACCUCCUACACCAGUGACUACUUCGACGAGCUGUACGACUACGGUGUUCGCAUUAUCAAGGAGGGUAAGGCAUAUGCCGAUGAUACCGAAAAGGAAGAGAUGGCCCGCCAGAGAAUGCAUGGAGAACCCAGCAAGAACCGCGACAACAGUGUUGAGGAGAACCUGGCCCAUUUCGAGGAGAUGAAGAAGGGUACUGAGGAAGGUCUGAGAUGGUGCAUCCGUGCUAAGAUUUCCGUCGACAACCCCAACAAGGCCAUGCGUGACCCGGUCAUCUACCGCUGCAACCCGACUCCCCACCACCGCACCGGUACCAAGUGGAAGAUCUACCCUACCUACGACUUCUGCUGUCCCAUCGUGGACUCCAUGGAGGGAGUUACUCACGCUCUGAGAACGAUCGAGUACCGUGACCGCAACCCUCAGUACGAGUGGUUCCUGGAUGCCCUUGAUCUUCGCAAGGUCCAGAUUUGGGAUUUUGCCCGCAUGAACUUCAUCCGCACUCUGCUUUCCAAGCGCAAGCUCACUAAGCUUGUGGAGACUGGCGCGGUCUGGGGCUGGGACGACCCCCGUUUCCCGACCAUUCGGGGUAUUCGUCGUCGUGGUAUGACUGUUCCGGCUCUGCGCGAGUUUAUCCUCAAGCAGGGUCCCAGCAAGAACAUCACCAACCUGGACUGGACUCUCAUCUGGGCUACGAACAAGAAAUACAUUGACCCUGUGGCGCCGCGUUUCACUGCGAUCUCUAAGGAGAAGAUGGUCAAGGCGACGGUCAAGGGCGCCCCGGCCGCUUACACCGAGGAGAAGCCCAAGCACAACAAGAACCCGGCCGUCGGCAUGAAGAAGGUUGCCUACAGUGGCUCCCUGCUCUUCGGACAAGAUGACGCCAAGUCCUUCAAGCAGGACGAGGAAAUCACCCUGAUGAACUGGGGCAACGCCAUUGUCCGCAAGAUCGAGACCGAUGCUUCUGGCACGGUGACGGGUCUGGAACUGGAGCUGCACCUGGAGGGUGACUUCAAGAAGACCGAGAAGAAGGUCACCUGGCUCUCUACGGAAGGCCAGGAAAUCAUCCCCGUGGAACUGGUGGACUUUGACUAUCUGCUGAACAAGGACACCUUGACGGAAGAUGACAAGCUCGAGGAUGUGUUGAACACCCAAACUGAGUUCCGCGAGGAAGCUGUGGCCGACGCCAACGUGGCUGAGCUCAAGGAAGGAGAUAUUAUUCAGUUUGAGCGCAAGGGAUACUACCGCGUUGAUCGUCCGUAUGCGCCCGGCAAGCCUGCGGUGCUGUUCAACAUCCCCACAGGUAAGACGGGUAAAUAA